AUGUCUGCGUUUACCAAUAGCCACGAUAGCUCUCCUCAGACUUACGAGGCGGUCUCCCCCGUGGAUAUUGUUCGCGGCCACAAUCUUGGAACAAUGGCACUGCCAUCACAGCCCACCGUAACCGCAGAAGAGCGGAGCUCUUCCGACACUUCUAUCUCUUCGCUAAAGGAGUCCCGGACGACUCGCUUUGCGGAAGCCACCAUGGUCCAGUCUCCUGGCACUGCAGAUGCUGGAAGCUCCCCCUUUGCUGAUCCUCCCAACCAAUCGCAGACGCCCCCUGAUGUGUCGGAUGUGGGUUUCGGUUACGUCGCUGCGAGUGACCCUGCACAACAUACGUCGCAUCAUGACCUUCCCACACCGGGUCCAAAAAGCGCUCUCAAAGUUCCCGGAACCCCAGGUCGCACCCUGAAUCCACUGAGCCCAACUUUCCGGGAGGAAUUCUACGUGGAAAAACAAGAGAAAGUCGCAGAGAAAGAGAAUGCCAGAGAUCUACGUAUUAAACUACGUGUCCGGGUUGCCAAGAUGUUCCUCCGGUUCAUCAAUUUCGGCUGUAGUCUGAUUGUUCUUACGAUUCUGGGGACAACGCUGACGGUGUUCAACGUGACCAAGUCGCUCCCAGAGCGAAACACUUUCCCUCCUUGGGAAUUUGGCACAAAUCCUUGGCCGCAGUAUCUGCUUCUGACUGUUUCGUGCAUUUCUUUGAUUGCCAGUAUUGCUGUGUUCUGGGGCUACUGGAAAGGCGGCCACAAGCGCGCAGAGAAGUAUGCAUUUUACUAUUCGGCCAUAUCGAUCGGUGUCUUUGUUUUCGACCUAGUCAUGUGGAUUGUUGCUGCCGCCAUCUUCGAGCAUUCCAAGGCGAUCGGGGAUGACAAAGAUCUUUGGGGUUGGUCAUGUGUCCAUAACGAGAGAGAAGCGUUGUUUGGUGACCAAAUCGACUAUGCCCUCCUUUGCCGUUUGCAGGACUGGGGGUUGGUUUGUGCUGUCAUCGAGAUAGUCCUCGAAGUCUUGGUCCUUCUAGUCUAUGCGAUUAUCUUUUACCGGUUCUGGACCAAGAGAAAGCUUGCCAGGUCAAUGGACCGUCGCGAUAGAGCCAGGACAGACUUGUACCUGGCCCAGCUCUAUCAGCGGUCCGCACCGAAUACGCCUGGAUUUCCGCACAUGCCCAAGGCCCCCUUCGUGUCAACUUCCAUACCCCAAGACCCUUAUUCUGCAGCAGAAAACGGGGAGGCCUGUGAAACCCAGUUCGCCACUACACAAAGCCAGAUUAAACCCCAGCCGGUAUUUCAGCUUCAGUCGCCCCCAAUUCGGGUGCAGCAUGCGACUCCUCAGCCAACACAAGGGGAGUUUCCAGCACCCGCCGCGACCUCAGGGGGCCCCAAUCAACACAUGGGUGCAGCACCUGGCGAGCGAACGUACGAAACAGUACCCAUUCCCGAUGCCUAUGCAAGCCCAAUGAGCCCUAGCCUUCCCCACGGGGCUCAUCAGUGA